UUUAUCUUUUGGCUCAAAUAUAACAUACAGGUACUACUUCCGGUUCAAUGGUACUUGGCUCAACUUCGUGUUGAAAUGGCUCAAGGGAUGAAAAAGUUCGCACAAUCAGCACACAAAAGCAAGAAACACCACAGACUACCUGUUCGGAAAACAGGACCAAAGAAAGGCAGAAUUGACAUAGCACCAAAGAAGACAAAACUUCUUGAGGAAAAAAAGUGGAAAAAGAACGUGACAUUGAUAUCAUACUGUCCUCUAACAUCAAACAGACCCAUUUCAGUCAGUGCCUACAAAGGGACAUUCAACACAAUAUUGAGCAAGAAAUAUCGAAGAAAGCCAGCGCUGUUGAACCCAAAUCAUUCACAAUUUUCAAACCUGUUGAUUCAGGGAGCUCUGUAAACAAAAAGAAGUUGAAUAAAUAAUUCAGUUUA